AUGGCCACUGUCGGCGCCACAGGCAGCACCUCACACGGAGGAGGUGGACCAGCCGCCUCUUCUCCGAUGGGAGGCGGCGGAAACAGUCCCUCUGCGGUUGGAGGGGCUCCUGGGGGUGGCGACGAGACAGGGGCGAAAGGCAGAGGCCGCAGCCGAGGUGGAACUGGAUCAAAGAGUAGGAGAGCUGCCCGCGUGGAACUCACUGAAGAGCAACGGAAAGAUAUCAAAGAGGCAUUUGAUCUGUUCGACACGGAUGGAACAGGCAGCAUUGAUGCGAAAGAGUUGAAGGUUGCUUUACGCGCACUCGGGUUCGAGCCCACCAAGGAGGAAAUGAAGAAGUUGCUAAACGAGAUCGAAAAGAAGCGACGUGGACCAGACGUCGUCAAAAUGAUAUCCUCCAACAACCCAAAUGUAGCAGCGGCCGCUGUAGCAGCCUGCUUCCGCAUGUUAGCCGGACCCACGGGCGUCAUUGGGUGGAAAGAGAUGAAGAAGGUGGCAGUUGAACUAGGAGAGAAGCUCACAGACGAAGAGUUGCGAGAGAUGCUCAACCACGCUUCACACUCACACAACAAGGGGGUCGUGACCGAAGAAGAUUUUCUUCGCAUCCUUCGAGCUUGA